AUGGGAGGACAAAAGGUGCAACCAAAAGGGAUGAGCAUCAAGGAUGGCCUUCAGCUGCCUCCAGGGUUUCGGUUCUACCCUAGCGAUGAGGAGAUAAUCACCUUCUACCUCAAGCCCAAGGUUCAUCAAAGCAACUUCUCUUGCACUGCCAUUGGAGAGGUUGACUUGAAUAGGAUCGAGCCAUGGGAACUGUCUGGCAAGGCGAAGAUGGGGGACAAAGAGUGGUACUUCUUUUAUCUGAAGGACCGUAAGUACCCAACGGGAAAGAGGACGAACCGGGCCACGAAGGGCGGCUACUGGAAGGCCACGGGGAAGGAUAGAGAGAUCUAUAGGGCCGCAAAAAAGGAUGAGCUACCGCUGCUUGUUGGCAUGAAGAAGACACUCGUCUUCUACAAGGGUAGGGCUCCCACUGGCAAAAAGACCGACUGGGUCAUGCACGAGUUCAGGCUUGAAGGCACCAAUAAGGUCCCCUGCCCUGCAUCUAGCUCAACUUCCACUACUACCAUUAAAUCAUCUUCUUCCGAGGAUGAAUGGGUGGUCUGUCGCGUGUUUGACAAGACCACUAGGGUAAAGAGGGAACCUGCACUACCAUUGUUCAACAUGGCCAUGACUGGCGGUGGAAUUGACCAGAGUAGCAUCUCUAUGCCUAUGCCGCUACAAUUUUCCAUGCUAUCAGACUUCACAAUGGACCCAGCGGCAUCCUACUACUCCACCGUUGACGCAAGAUCCUUAGCGGUGCCACCUGUAAUGCCACCUUUGUCAGGCAUGGGCAACAUCGGUCUUCAAGUGGCUAGCACCUUGUUUGGGAACUCGAUGGUUGUGGCGCCGCCGAUGUCCAUCUACCACCAGAUGGGCAUGGGAGCAGAAGGCGCUAGCAGCUUCCUAGGUGCAUCGAAGAGUGGACCUUCUUUGAUGGUGUCACAAAAGGACACAGGGGUAGACCAUGACCAGGCCAAUGCUGAUGAGAUAUCACAGAUGAUUUCUGCAAACCCAGAGUCCGUGGCCACCAAGGACAUGGAUGGCAUCUGGAAAUACUAA